CUGCUUUUGCUUAAGGCCCCAGCAGCCAUCCCUGGCAGCGCCGCCACCCGGCCCGUCCCGCUGUCCCAGCCAUGAACGUGCCCCACAAGACCUCUCUGCCCGAGGGCAUCCGAGUCGGUACCGUGUUGAGAAUUCGUGGCGUUGUCCCGGACAAGGCUGGCAGGUUCUAUGUAAACCUGCUGUGCAGUGAGGAGCCGGGCGGUGAGGCCGCCCUGCAUUUCAAUCCUCGGCUGGAUGAGUCCACCGUGGUCUUCAACACCCUGGAGCGCGGCGCCUGGGGCCAAGAGGAGCGGGGCUCGGGCAUUCCCUUCCAGCGUGGGCAGCCCUUCGACGUGCUCCUCAUCGCCACCGAAGAGGGCUUCAAGGCUGUGGUCGGGGACUCGGAAUACCACCACUUCCGCUACCGCAUCCCGCCGGCGCGCGUGCGCGCGUUGGAGGUGGGCGGGGACCUGCAGCUGGAGCUGGUGAAGAUCUUCUGAGCCCUUCCAGGAGCGCGGGUGGGGGUGGGGCGCAGGGGUCUUGGGUGGCAAAUAAAGUCUUAGCCGCUUAUCUGUG